AUGGCUUCUUUCAAGCCCUCAAUUCCCUUGACCAGCGAUUCUGCUGCCUCUGUCCCUUCCACUCGCACCUCCGGUGAGGUACAUGUUAUCAUGGGCCCCAUGUUCGCCGGCAAAACCACCGCCCUUCUUCGUCGGAUCAAGUCCGAGGGCAACAAUGGCAGAAAUGUGGCAAUGAUAAAAUCCAGUAAGGAUACGAGAUAUGCUAUCGAUUCGGUUGUGACGCAUGAUGGGGCAAAGUUUCCGUGCUGGGCGCUGCCCGAUCUGUCAUCCUUUAGGCAAAAUUUUGGAGGAGAGGCUUAUGAGAAGCUUGAUGUCAUCGGUAUUGAUGAGGCUCAGUUUUUCGAGGAUCUAUAUGAUUUCUGCUGCAUGGCUGCUGAUCAUGAUGGAAAAACUAUUAUUGUUGCAGGCCUGGAUGGUGAUUACUUGAGGAGGAGCUUUGGCUCAGUGCUUGAAAUAAUACCUCUGGCUGAUACCGUGACCAAGUUGACAGCUCGAUGUGAACUGUGUGGCAAACGAGCUUUCUUUACCCUGAGGAAGACAGAAGAGACACGAACUGAACUGAUUGCUGGGGCUGAUGUCUACAUGCCUGUCUGUCGCCAGCACUAUGUCAAUGGACAAGUUCUCAUGAAAGCUGCAAGAACUGUUGUGGAGUCUCAUAAAUUUAAGAGUGACACCUUUCCUGAAGUAGCUGCAGUUGUUUAG